AUGUGUGGAGCAAUUACAAGAUUUGCAGUUUGGUUCUGCGCACUUCUGGUCUGUAAUUUGGAUGAAACUUACACACAGGCUUUCAGUAAUUCAUCAAUCUUUCAAUCAUCAUACUACGUUUAUGAAUAUAUAAAUACACCGUUAAAAUGGGAACAUGCAUCCAGAUAUUGUGAGCUACGCUUUGGCAGUCUGCCUGUUGUUAGUAAAGUUGCAGACAAGAAUGCUAUAUUGGAUCUGUUAGCUACCCAAGGGGUUAAUCAGCAAGUAUGGAUAAAUGGAAAACUGAAUGAGGUAUCAGGAGGGGAAGACAUAACUGUGAGAAAGAACAGUGCUGACAGGUUCAAGACCCUGGCAUUCCUGAACAAAACAGAUACCAAACAUGCCAAAAUUCUCAAUGUGCUGCCUCCUUUGUCAGCUGUUACAAUCUGUGCACGUGUUCAGUGGGACAGCCAAUCUUCCGACAUUGCCACAGUAUUUUCUUAUGCCAUUCCAGCGUUUAUUAAUGAAUUCCAGCUGCGUGGUCGUAUUGACGAUGUUGGAUUCAUCCAGUUAGCUCUGAUAGUUCAUGGACAUCACACGCCCUACAGAUCGGUGCUGAAAAGUGACGGACUGUGGCAUCACUUUUGUGUAACAUGGCAAAAUGAAAAUGGUGCUUGGUUUAUUUAUGCAGAUGGGGUAAAGGUGAGUUCAGGAGAUGGCUGCUACAGUUCGCAAAUUAUUGCUGGAAAUGGGAUAUUUAUUAUUGGUCAAGAUCAAGACUCAUUAGGAGGUACAUUCAAACAAAAUGAGGCUUUUAGUGGCAACAUCACAGACUUGAACAUUUGGACUCGUGUGCUGGAUGCAAACCAGAUUAAAGCAGUCAGUAUGUGCUCUUUCCCUCAGCAAAAUCUCAUUUACCAGUGGAAUUUGACCAGUUUGGAAAUUGAGCCAAGUGUUCAAAUUAUGGAACUUCAGUUGAAUUGCACAGAUCUGCAAAUUUCUUCAGGCGAAUGUCAGACUUUUGAUGCUGCCUCUGGAUUUAAAAGCCAAGUUGGCUGUGAGAAUCUACUGUCCUUCCUCUGCCAGUUGACAAAAGAUACAUAUUUGAAGUUAAACAAGUUUCAGUCGGAUUCAAGAAGCUUAUUCAAGACUAAAUCGAAAGCAUUUUCUCACAAUACAAUGGCUAUUGAGUACAUGUCAUUGAGUAAUACAAAACUUGUACCCAAUAUUUCUGAAGCUGAAACUAUACUGAAGACAGUACAACAUGUUCUAAACAUGGAAAAUGUCACUUUGCAAUCCGCUGACAUGCUAAGUGUCAUACGCUUGCUACAAAAUGUUGCCAACAUGGAGCCAGAUGUAAAUGACACACAGGAAGCUUUUGAGAAUGUAAGCCGAAGCUUUAUCCACAUCGCUGGUGAGGUUCUUGAUCGGCACAAUGCAGAGGGGUGGACUGAAAUUAAUGAGAUUGUUCAUGGUCCAAUGGCAAUAGUUUAUGGUGUGGACAGAAUGGUGCAAAAUCUGAACAAACUGCUCACUUCUGAUCAAGAAAGUAUAGUCAUUAGAAGCAAAAACAUCCAACUUGAAAUCAGGCAAAAGGUACUCACCAAUUUUACAAAUGACAUUGAUGUCUAUGUGAGUGAUAUGAACAACAAGUCAACUGAUCAAAUAGGACUUCCUAAAGAAGCAAUUGAUAGACUCCAACAAAAAGGAAAGUAUUGUUUAACAAGAGCUACGUUUGUGAACACCUGGUAUGGCACCCUUCACAGUUUACUUGGAAAUAGUGCAUUGGAAAUUAAUUUGAUGGAAGCAGCUUUUGAUGAAGGAUUUAAACGUGUAGGGAUGCAGAUUGCAUCAGCAGUUAUUUCAUCAACAGUGUUUCAAGGGGGUCAGCCAGUCAGCACGGCUACAAAGUAUAGGUUACAACACAGAGUUAAGGCUUUUUCUUCUCUUGCUGUUGAUUCAAUCUGUGUCUUCUGGAAUUUUAGUUUGAGGCCAGAGAAAGGUGGAAGCUGGUCUACAGCUGGCUGCAGUGUCAUCGAAUCUGGGCUUGAAUCAACAGCAUGUUUUUGCAAUCACUCGACAAAUUUUGCUUUGCUUUUCCAACUUUAUGAAGUGAAGAGAAGCUCUUAUGAAGAAGCUGUUCUUAUGAAUUUGACACUGAUUGGCUGUACUAUAUCUCUCUGUGCAUUGGUGGUCACGCUGAUUCUGUUCUCGGUGGUGGCAUGUUCUGUUGUAACAGCUAUGCUACAUCUGCUCUUCAUGGCUGCUUUUGCCUGGAUGCUGGUGGAAGGAAUACUUCUCUGGAGUAAGGUCGUCACUGUCAAUAUCAGCGAAGAGAAGAGAAUGAAAUACUACUAUCUGAUUGGUUGGGGAUUCCCAGUUUUUAUUGUGGCCAUCACCCUAGCAACUACUGGUGACAAAUACAUAGCAGACAAUCAUUGUUGGCUGAACAUUCAGAGUGAGAUCAUCUGGGCCUUUGUUGGGCCUGUCCUUUUUUCUCUAACAAUCAAUACAUUUGUACUUUUACGUGUGGUAAUGAUCACAAUUGCAAGCUCACAACGGCACUCCAUGAUGUUGGCAUCAGACAGCAGCCUGGCACAACGUGUUUUGUCCCAGAUAUGGACAGCUAUCAAGCCUGUAGUGAUCCUUCUGCCAGUUUUGGGUCUGACCUGGUUUUGUGGGGUUUUGGUCCAUUUCAAUAUUGUUCUUGCAUAUAUCUUUGUUGUGCUUAAUUCAUUCCAGGGGCUAUAUAUAUUCUUGGUGUAUGGCGUUUACAACAGUGAGGUGAGAAAUGCCAUUAAAAGAAUGAAAGAAAAGAAAAAAACUUUGUCUUUCACAAACUGCACAAGCUCAAGACCAUCAAGUUGUCUUACCAGUCCGAAGAUGACCACCUCACUGGAUGUUGGAAAAUGUUCUGUUUCUACACCUGAGAAGAAUACUUUGAAAUCAGCAACCAAUAAAUCAGCAUCCAACAAAGGGGCAUCUGUGAUUUUCAACAGGGAAAAUAGAGCAGAAGAUGUGAUGUGUUUCUCAGAAAACUUAGCUCUUGACAAAACAGCGAUUCAGUUGACAGCAUUCAGAGUAUCAGGAGUGUGAAGCAUCAAUGCAGGAGUUCUGAUGGGGGUGAUGUACAUUUCACUGAGUGACCUUGUAGUUGAUAUUUGAAGGAAAACCAAUGACUAUUUCCAAAAGUUGAACUUAUGGAACCAAGAUCUUCAAUGUUCCUGCAGCAGGGACUCAGAACCUAAUCAAACAAGACUGCUACGAAGAUACUGAUCACCAAUCCAUUGAAGUCUAUGUUUUAAAUUUCUAGUUUCUCUCUUUACAAUACAUUAAAUAUUAAGCACUGUAUAAUGUCAUGUAGUGAUAUUUACUGCAGCCUCAGGCCAGGAAUAUCGAAAGUGAUAGGUGAAGAUAGUGUUACAUAGUAUCGAAACUGCUCACAUUCUAACACAGUGGACAGAAUCGCUGUUUUCUGAAAGUGAUUUUAGACAGGAAUAAAACAAAAGACACUUUGUGAAUGAUACAAUAGUGUUGUGACUUCUGGUUUCUCAGGUUAAUUCACUGAUAUAGGAUCGUGAUACAAACAGAGGUAAGUUAAUUUAGCCUUAGAAUCCUGUUAUUGUUGAGGUUUAUAAUUAUGCCCUCAGCUAUAACUUUUAAAAACUUUGCCUGUAUGAAGAAGGUGGAACGGAUGAUUCUAUACUGUAUUCUUCCAAAUGUGAUCAUCAAAGAUUGAAAAUAAAAGGCAAGCGAUGUGAAUGA